AUACCGAAUUACAUUGCUGAUUUCACACGUGUUUUACAGCAACAGAUAGCGAGCCUUUGUUACCCUCGGCGCUCUUGGGUUCGUACUGAACUACUGAAGGCUUGGAACUAGAUCACAGACCAUGGCUCUUCCGGCUGAAACCACCCACCAAUUUGAAGGCAAGAAUCAUGCCGAUCUGUAUCUAGAAAGUCGUCCGGAAUGGCCGCAAGAAAUCAUCCAGAGAGUCAUGCAAUACCUGCUGCUGAAGAAAUUGCCACCUCAGACGUUAGCCCUUGACGUAGGAUGCGGAAGUGGUCAAAACACGAUACCGCUGGCCCCACACUUUGAAAGAGUUGUCGGUGUUGAUGUGAGUAAAGCUCAAACUGAAGCAGGUAGACGACGAACAGAUAAACCAACAAAUGUUGAAUUCCAAGUUGGAAGUGCAGAGGAUCUACUGUUUGCUGAUGACAACUCUGUGGACCUCGUGACUUGUGCUACCUCAUUUCAUUGGUUUGACAAAGAGGCAUUCUUCAAAGAGGCUGAUAGGGUUUUGAAGCCGUCUGGUUGCAUAGCCAUUUAUUGGUACAACAAAAUACAUCCAUGUGUCGAAGGUGAUGUGGGCAAGAAUGAGAAAAUCAGGCAGACUGUCAUUGAGAUGGACUCUGUGACUUUACGACCGUAUACCACCGACUGUGUGAAAUCACUUGAAGGCAAAACGGAUGAGACGCGCAUACCAUACGAAGACAAUAUCAGAGAUGACACUAUUGAGUUGUUGAUGGACUCCACAAUGGCACUGUAUGUGAAGUAUGUACGGUCCUGGUCUGGCUAUCAACAUUACACUAGACAGAUUCCUGGGGGUCAAGACCUUGCCAAAGACCUACAAGACAAAUUGAUGGACAUCAUGGGCUUAGAUGGUUCUCCAGAGGGCGCUAACACAAAGCUGAAACUGCCAGUUACUCUUCUUCUUGGAAGAAAACCAAAUCCCUGAGUCAACACCAGCAUCCAAGUUGUAUACAAGUACAUCAAAAGAAAACACAUUACAUUAUUGAGCUCAAACUUUAAGACGGUGAUGGGAGCAAUGGUUAUACUAUACUCAAAUUUAACACUUAUGCCAUUGAUAGACGCACAAAAUGUGUGCGUCGAUCAUUUAAUGCUCAACACCUCGGUCUUCAUUGUUACCAAACAAAUUUUAAGCUAUUAAGCUAUUAAGCCGUCUAUAUAAGCCGUCUUUCCGUUGGACUUUUUUUUUUUUGGGGGGGGGGGAGUUACCGCGACUGUUCUUUACAGUGAACAAAUUAAAUCCAAUUGGGACGCCUGGUAGUAAACCUCGACCUAGAGGCUGGGAAAGUCUAUUGAUCGUUUUGAUCAAGAUGAUACAUUGGCUCUCCUUCAGUUGCUGACUGUAAACGCUAUGUUCUUAAAGGCACUGGUGACUAUUUGCAAUCACUCAAAAUAAUUGUAAGCAGAAAGACUUAC